CGCCGGCGAGAGAAAAACCCACGAAGAAGUCAGAGUAGGAUCACUCAGUGGUAGCCUGGAGGUUACGGUGUCGAAAAGAAAUAAUAAAGAUGGAUAAAAAGAAGAAACCAUUCGACGUGACUGCUUCAUCGUUAGUGGACCUUAAAGCUGAACUGUACAGGAAGCAGGAACAAUUCAAACAGGAGAAACUUGGGCAAGAAAAUGCUGGCGCUGAAUUCAAAUCCAAAUCCAAAGUGAAGAAACCUAAUGUCUGGAGCAAACAAAACGCUGGUGUUUCAGCAAGGGCUGAGAAAGAUGCAGAGCAGCUGGACGAGGAGCAGAAAAGUCUUGACACAGCAAAACGCAAGUUGGAGGAGAAAGCCAAACUCUACGAGCAGAUGACAAAAGGAGACUUUCCAGAUGAAGAGACAGAGGGUCUGUUCCUGGUUGAUUUCACACAGAAGAUCAUUGACAAAAAGAAAGAAACGCUUGCGCAGAGGGACACAGAGAGAGAGGAGGAGGAGGAAAGAGACAGCUUGGCAGCUGUACCUGCUCCUCAAAACCCAGAUGAGGAAUGGGUGGACUAUGUGGACGCUUUGGGCCGAUCUCGAAGAUGCAUGAAGAAAGACCUGCCAGAAUUUAAGAAAAUGGACCAAGACCUUAAAGGAAAAGGAAAAGCCUCAUCUGAGAAGACCUUACUCUCAGAGGACAUGCGUCAAGAGCUGAGGAGGCAGGAGUGGGAGAGGGAGGAAGAGGAGGCUAUGAGGAGGCCUGUUGGACCGAUCCACUAUGAGGAUAUCAGAGGACAAGAGGCUCGAGAGCUUGGUGUGGGCUACUUUGCGUUCUCUCAGGAUGAAGAGCAGCGAAGAAAGCAGAGAGAAACUCUGGACAUGCUCAGAGACCAGACAACAGACCAGCGCAGUAAAAGAGAACGACUGAAGGAGAAGAGGCAGGCCCUUCUGCAGGCCCGCCUGGCCAAGGUGAGGCAGAGGAAGAUGAAGAAGAUCAAGCUGGACGGUACUGAAGAAGAGGAGAGAGAGGAGGAGAAUGGAGGAGAGGAAGAGGAAGGUGAAUUAAUCGGACCUCCGCCUCCACCAGAGGACUCCCCAGAGGUCAGCAUAGUGAAGAAGGUGGAAGUGGAGAUCCAGGAAAGGAGGGACACUAAACCAGGGGUUCCUCAUGUCAGAGAAUGGGACAGGGGCAAAGAGUUCAUGUUUAGCGAGUGGAAAACUCGUUGCCGGGAAGAGCGAGAUUCAGAAUUUGCACCUCCCUCUGCAUAUUUUACCGAUGAGAAGAGACGAAGACCAGGGAAGAAUGAAACUCAGGAGAAUAAGUCCAAAAAGUCCUUCAAGUGGACAAAGGGCCCAGGAGGAAUUUCUGAGAGCAAAGAGGAGCCACAAUCUCAGCCUAAAACUGCUCCUUCACCACCUCAGCCUCAACAAACUAAUCCAACUCCUUCAGAGCCACCAGCCUCAACCCCCCCCACUUUUUCCGCUCCUGUGUCUGCUCCCCCUUUUAAUCCCCAGUAUCCUCCCCCUCCAUUUUAUCCCCCAUUUCCUCCUCUACAUCCUCCUCAGUUUGCUGGUCCACCUCACCUGCCUCCUCACUUCCCCCUCCAGUAUCCAUCCCAGUACCACCCCCAGUACUCACCUCAGCUGCAGAGCCAGGCUCCGCCUCAGCAGCCCCCUCAGGGCCCUUCUCAGAGUCUGGACGACAUGCUUUCCUUCUAUAGGAACUCUACCUGAUCUCUGAAAUGUCAUGUUUGAUCAGUAGUUGCUUCAUAUUGGAAUAAAUAUGAUAUCCAAAUAUUGCUGUUAACUUGUUUGAGGAAAUCACAGAAACAACAGAACAUUGGGCCUCAUGCAGGAACAUUUUCAUGUUCAUGUCCUAAAAUUCUCUUUACUUGUUUCUGUGGGGUUUGUUUGUACAAGUGUUAGUCGGAUUCACCAGACUCUCUCAACUGGUCCUUUCAGAUGAUUGAGUACCACUUGUUCAUGAGGAGGUCUGCAUUCAUGAGGUUUGAUCAUUAACAUCAUCCACACCAUUAAAAUUGCCAAAUAAUACUACCUGUUCCGCUUUCAUUUGUGGCGAAGGUUAGUUCACAAAAAUGACAUACUAGACUAAAAUGGAUUUCCCACUGCAACGCUUCAAGUCUGCUGUCAGUAAUCAGCAAACAAAAACAUAAAACAUUUCGCAGAGUCAGUAGUCAUGUUAGAGGACACAAAACAAUUAGAAAAUGUUUAACAGUACAUCUGUCCAUGAUGUGUGAUCAGAGCAGCGCUCUGCAUGAAGGCCCUGAGGCAGCGAGAGGAGUGAGAGAGUUUCCCUAACAACGUCUGAAAUGUAGGAGCUCCUGGGAAGAAAUAUGCCAUGAAAAAUACUAAAUUCUAAAAACUCUCAGUAAAUUGGUAAGCCAUGAUGAUGAUUUGAUGAACAGAAUAUUAAUUUUGCAUUAAGUUUGUUAAAGAUAUUUUUUAAUUUAAUCAAUUUAGGUAUCAAGUUUAAACCCCAAAUUCCUUCAGAUUGAGUAACUAUAAUCUUUGAGGCACACAAGUGUGAUUUCCACCUGUAAAGAAAGUGUGGUCUGUCUGUUCAUGACUCAUACAACAGGUCUUUACCACUGGUAAAUUUGGUUCUAGUAAAACACAGGUGGUGAGUGCCACAAAUUCUCUUAAAUCGCUCGCACGUGCCACUUGAGAACCAAUCUGUUUGACUGGUUCACGCAUGAGGCCCAGUGUCUCAGCUCUUUGGAGUUUUAGCAUUUAAUAAAUAUCAGGAAUUUAAUUGACCAUUGUUCUG